AUGGGAAACCGAGUGGUCACGAUUACCGUCGGCAUAAAACCCGAUCACGAGAACUUCACUGUUCACGAAAGGCUGAUCCGCGAUUCAUCUACGUUGAUCGACGCAUGCUUGGAAAACGAUGAACGCGAGCACCCAGAACUCACGGCCGUCCUUACAGACUUUCAAUCGAAAGACUUCUUGAUCUACAACCAAUGGCUCUACACCGAACGCCUGUUCAUGAAAGCCGAGGGCGAUGGCAAGUCUAUCUCUGAAGGGCGAAGUCUAAUCAAGGGCUAUCUUCUUGGUCAUUACCUCGGUGAUAUGAAGUAUAGAGACACAUUGAUAGAUGCUCUGAUCAAAUGGGGCGACGGUGCAGAGACUGAAGAUCGCAUGAAGUUGGUUUGCGAGCAAGCUAUAGCUGUGUUCGACGGCACAGAAGCGAAGGACCCGCUACGCAGAUUCAUCACAGACUUCACUGUCUGGAACACCGAGUACGAGCUCUGGUCUAACAACUACAAGAGGUUUCCUCAAGACUUCGUCGCAAUGGUAUCGCACGGCUACGCGUACCGCUGUCACAUUCUCGGCUCUGGUCCUUCCAAGCGUGUGAUUCUACAAGCUUGCUUGAAGAUCAACAGGACGACCAGCGCGUCUGGACCAAACCCCUCACAAUCCGCGAAACGUCGCAAGACGAACCCUGCUACGAACGAUGAACCUGCCGACAAGGAGCCAGAGAGCACCCCGUCUACCGUCUUUGACAACGCGCCCAAAGACACUUGA